GGGAAGGGUAUGGUAAUGAUGGGGACAUACCUCGACUACCGGGGACUCGUGAUAUGUACAAGAUCAAGGACUCCUUGACAUCGGCGCUGUGAGGGUAUUGUGGGGGGUUGGCGGCGAGGGAGUUGAGUGUCGAGAGCGACCUCGCUUCCACGUGCUGUCUGGCGGCCAUGUGCGUGAUGAUGAUGAUGGUGUAAUAUGAUGCGGUUCUCGAGAUGCUGUAAUGUAAUGUCGUGGAUAUUCCCAGCUCUUGUAUCCCAAAGUGAUACAGUAUCUUGCUUGCCUGCCAGCAGGACAAGGGUUGGUCGUUGUGAUAUGACUGUCGUGGGACUGGCCCGGUGUCCCUUCUUUGUGCUUCAACCAAAAAGGCGUGUGUGCUGGGAAGCUAACGAAUCGUCAGCCGCGGGGGGCUGUGUCUUGGUCGGGUGUCGAAAAGACGGGAACGGUGACGACGGUUGGGCUGGUCAGAAGGACAGCCGAGUCGGGUUCGGGUUGCUGAGUGUGUACAGACUGACUCGAGUCGGUGAGUGUUAUGGAUGUGGAAGUAUCGCGAGUCGGCGGAGGAGCGACUGGACUUUGCUCGGAGUUGCUGGACAGGACCUGUUCAAGAAGUUGUGAUGAACUAGCCACUGUUUGAAACAGCGGGCAACAGUGGAUAUUGUUAGUAUACCUAGUAGUGUA